UUGCGGCUAUUUAACAAUGUGGGACCCAUUUCUCCUUUCAAGUGUGAACGGAAAUGCUCCUGUACGCCGCAACUACCCCCAUUAAAACAUUUUAAUAAAGUCGGUGGGACCCACUUUUUCCGUUUAAAUAUUACCCCACCUUCACCGCAAUAUUAAUUAUCCUUUUUGUACGUGAUGCCACGUCAUCUACCACCCCACAAAUCCAACGGAUCUCAGGCAAUCAACAUCGUGUUGGUGGGCGCCAGCUCCUCGCCGCGUAACACUCCACUACUCCCCAUGUCGGUUGUGGUUCAACCGUAAUUUCAUCAAAAUUUAAGCCCGAAAUUCGGGUCCGAAAUUGCCCGACCGUUAUAAAUACCCGGACCCCCCUUUUACUCCAUUCGACAGAAAAUCUCUUCGCUCAAAAAAAAAAAAACAAAAACAAGAACCAGAAAACCCUAGAAGAUCAAAAUCGAAUUACCAUGAAUCGCGAGUCGCCUGCUCUCUUCCUCUCGCUUCUCCUUCUGGCGCUUCCUCUCUUUGCCUCCGCAGCCAGGAAAACUGCGGCGGUUCCCGGCGGGUGGACGCCGAUAAAGGACUUGGACGACCCGCACGUGGUGGAGAUCGGAAAGUUCUCGGUUGCCGAGCACAAUCAGGAAGCGAAGACGAAUCUGAAGUUCGUGAAAGUUGUCAGCGGCGAGCAGCAGGUCGUUUCCGGAGUGAAUUACCGCCUGAUCAUCGCGGCCGAUGAUCCCAAGGACGGAGUCGGAAAGCCGAAGGACUACCAGGCUGUGGUGUGGGAGAAGGAAUGGGAGCAUUUCAGGAAGCUCACUUCGUUUAAGCCUUUCGUGAAAGCCUGAAGAAGUUAAUCGAUUAGGAGGUUUGUUGAGUUAUAUUGUGUAGCUAUAAACAGGCGUAUUGUAUUUAGCCCGUGUCGUGUCGUGUCGCGUUUGUGUCGUGCUCUGCUCUCUCUCUCUCUCUCUCUCUCGGAUCGGGAGAGAUGUGUCGGUAAGAAAAAAUAAAAAGUAAUUUGAAUGUGAAUUUGAAUUUCGGUUUUGUUUAUUAGUA